AUGCGGAAAGGGAAGGUGGUUGAUUGGAUUCAUACACACGAUCUUGCAAUCCUCGAAUUCAGUAAGGAAGUUAGCAACAAGGAUGCCAUUCCGAUUUGCUUACCACACAAUAAACUUCCACUGGCAAAAGAACUUCAGGUUGCGGGGAAACAACGGCGAGGCGAAGACACGUGGAACUGGAACCUUACCACCUACGCAAUUGCUACAAUUCCUUUCGUCACAGAAGACCACCAUGAAGUACUUCUGGGACAGAGCAAUACAACUGCUAUCUGCGGGUUUACGGAUUGA